AUGAAUAUAGCGCAAGCGCUGCUGGCAGUGAAGGGCGCGCUGGGGGUGACCUUCACAACGUGGGGGCUUGACAAGCCGUGCACCACGGCUUCUGCAGGGCCGGCCAUUGAAGGCACCCUCACUGCCUCGGCUACAGCACACCUUCUUUACCCUCCCUUCACCUCAUUCCUUUCCCUCUCCACUCUUCACAUGUUAUCCCAUACCAUCUCCUUGUGUAUCUCACAUCCACCUGGCUACCUUGAAAAUCCUCAAAACUCCUCACCUCCUUGCUUUCACCGGCACCCUCCCCUCUCCACCCAUGCAUGCCAUCACAUCUCCUUGCAUGCCAUCACAUCUCCUUGCAUGCCAUCACAUCUCCUUGCAUGCCAUCACAUCUCCUUGCAUGCCAUCACAUCUCACAUCCACCCCUCACUGCUGGAAAAACCUCCAAACUCCUCACUCACCUCCAUGCUUUUCACCCACACCCUCCCCUCGCUGCCACCCCCCACCAGCGCGCUGGGCUUCAACUACCUGACGGGGUCGCUGCCUGGCAGCAUAGCGGCGCCUCUCAAGGCUCUGGACGUGCAGUUCAACUUCCUUGCCGGCUCCUUCCCCGCCCUCGGCCUCGCCUUCUGCUCCGCCCGCAUCAACUGCUUUGCUUCCACCGCCAACUGCAAGCACCCCACAAGGCCGGCCGAGAUCCCGCGUGCAGCAGCUGCCUGUGCCAUCUGCAACACCACAAACGCUCAGGGCAAGCUCUGUAGCAACAUCAUUGGUGGUGGGAUCUGCAGUGUUAUUCCUCCUCCCUCGCUCCUGCUCCCACCAGGCACACCCAACAGGGCUUCAUCGCCCGUGCUCCCUCUGGUCUGCACCGGUGCUACAAGUGUGCCCAUGGAUGCGGCUCAAGCCGCUGCGCUGAUGAAUGUGAAGGUGGCGCUGGGAGUGUCGUUUCCAGACUGGCGGGUCGAUGCCCUCUGCACCCUCGUGGGCUCGCCCUCCCCGGCUCCGGCACGUGGAAUGGCGUCGCCUGUGAUGAUUCGGGGAAAGUCGCUCAAGGGGCAGGGCCUCACAGGGAGCAUCCACUCGGAGAUCUCCAAGCUCACCACCCUCACCGUGCUUGACCUGCAGUCCAACCGGCUGGAAGGCAAGAUGGACGCCUUCACUGCCAACAUCAAGGCGCCUCUUGUGCUCAAGGAGCUGUCAGUGCCUCCUCACCCCACCUACCCAUGCUUCCAAGAGGUUGUUGUUGUUGUUGUUGCUGUUGCUGCUGCUGCUGCUGCUGCUGCUGCUGCUGCUGCUGCUGCUGCUGCUGCUGCUGCUGCUGCUGCUGCUGCUGCUGCUGCUGCUGCUGCUGCUGCUGCUGCUGCUGCUGCUGCUGCUGCUGCUGUCAUUGUGGUCUACCUGCAGUACAACUACCUCUAUGGCGUCUUCCCCUCGGCCCUCCUCGCCCUCAAAACCCUCUCAACACUCUCCGUGGCCUUCAACUACCUCACCGGAUCACUCCCCACCGCACUCCCCACCACGCUCGCCUCUCUGGACGUGCAAAGCAACUUCCUGGCGGGUUCCGUGGCGGCCAACAGCAUCCCUUACUGCGCCAGCACGGGAAACUGCCUGGUGGACGCGUCCAAGUGUGCAUCACUGGGACUGCCACAGCGCAGCGCCGCUGAAUGUGCCGUCUGUGGCUCCACCAACGGCCAGGGUGCUCUGUGUGCUGCUGCCACCACCUGCCGGGUUGCUGCUGCUGGGGCUGGGGUUGCGUCUCCCCCCACUGCGCUUUCCGCUAGUCUCCCUCUCUUCUGCGAGGCUGUUCCCAUGGACCUGGUUACAACCCAAACCAUGCUAGCCAUCAAGGCCGCACUGGGGGUGACGCUGACAGACUGGACUGCCACCCUGCCGUUGCUCAAGCCCUCCAGCCCCACCUCGCCCAAGUCGCUCCCUCGCAGCAGCAGUGUGCCGCUGGCAGGGUCUCUGGGAACGUGCACGUUGGAGGGGCAGACUCCCGGCCCAGGCGCAUGGACCGGCGUCUACUGCAGCUCCAAGGGAGUUGUUGUGGGCAUCGACCUGAGCUCCAAUCUCUUCCAGCGCCGCCUGGAUGUCUUUCUCUCGCUCGUCUCUGCCCUCAAGGCACUUCAAAAUCUCAAGCUGAAUCGCAACUAUCUGACGGGCACAGUGCCGGCGUUCAAGGCGUCACUCAAGGCCCUCAACGUGGCCAGCAACCUGCUCUCGGGCUCCUUCCCCAUCGCCACCCUCACCGCCUGCGAUGCCCGCUCCAACUGCCUCUCCAGCGCCACCAACUGCGCCAACGCUGCCGGCACGGCGCAGCAGGCGGCCGCAGAUUGCAAAAUCUGUGGGUCCACCGAUGCUUCUGGCGUUCUGUGUGGGGGAGGGCUGUGCGCCCCUGAUGCCUCCGCCCCUGCUGCCUCCUCCACCCCCAACACGGACGGCCAGCCGCUGCUGCCACUGAGCUGCCUGGGAGUGCCCAUGGAUGCGGCCAUGGGGUUGGCGCUGCUGAGUGUGAAGGCAUCGCUGGGUGUCACGUUCACGGAUUGGAAUGUGGAUGCGCCGUGUGCACUGGCAGGGCAGGCCGUGGUGCCGGGCUCGUGGUCCAGCGUUGUGUGUGACGCCACCGGCAAGGUUCUCACCCUGUGA